AUGAACCUUCGAUAUUACAUUCUUUUGCUCGUUCCAACACUUGCUGUAACUUUUGCAUGGACCGGAGCUGGAAUUCGAAACCGUGAGUUUUUUUUUUUCGAAAAUAAUAUGAAAUAAAGUUCAACAUCGAGUUUUGUUUGCAUACUUGACCACUGGAAAAAGCCUAUUGUUUUUUCAAGUGUUUUUGAAUUUGAGUUGAAUAUAUCAACUGUUGUUUUUGUAACAUUUGAGCUCUGAGUGCACGAAUUUUCAACAAAAUCAUCUUGAAAGAGGACGUUUGGUUUUCUAGGCCACAGUCUCUAUUUAAAAUUAUCUUACAGAUCCUGCUGAUGUCGUCGCAAAACCUCACGACAAAUCAUCUGGAUAUGUUGCACGAUCUCCAUCAACUACCAACUUUAUUAGACCAUGCUAUUUCACAAAUUGGGCACAAUACAGGUUCGGUUAAGAAAUUUGAUAUUAUUUUGAUGAUUCCGCACGCAUCUUAUUUACACAUUGAAGAAUGCGUGUGUAAACAUCAAAACCUGUCACGUGUGAAUUGAAUGAGAAAAUUAAUAUAAUAAAGAUCAUUUUCAGACAAGGAAGAGCGAAAUUUAUGCCUGAAGAUUAUACACCAGGAUUGUGUACACACAUUCUUUUUGCGUUUGGCUGGAUGAAUGAAGAUUAUACUGUCAGGUAACAUUUUUAUAAAACAUUUCUAAACAUUGAAAAUUAUAAAGUAGUUCACAAAAAUUCAUCAAAAGCUUGUCAGAAUUUCACAACAUGGCUCUGACUUGGGAAAAUAGUCCGCAGAUCAAGCCAGGCUUUCUCUGAAAAAUGAUACUUUUUCAGAGCAUACGAUCCAGCGGAUUUGCCAAAUGACUGGGCUGGAGAUGGAAUGUAUAAAAGAGUGAACGCUUUGAAAAAAACUGAUACCCAACUCAAAACUUUGUUGUCAUUUGGUGGAUGGUCAUUCGGAACAAGAUUAUUCCAAGGAAUGGCAGCUAGUUCAGCAACGAGAAAAGUGUUCAUAGAUUCAGCAAUUGCAUUCGUCAGAACUUGGGGAUUCGACGGAAUUGAUAUUGAUUGGGAAUAUCCAUCAGGAAAUACAGAUAUGGCUAAUUUUGUAUUACUUGUCAAAGAACUUCGUGCUGCUUGUGAAGCUGAAGCUGUUAAGAAUAACGCUGAUCGUCUUCUUGUAACCGCAGCUGUCGCUUCUGGUCAACAAACAAUUGAUGCUGGAUAUGAUAUUGCUAAUCUUGCCAGCUCUUUUGAUUUUAUUCUUCUGAUGAGUUAUGAUUUCUUUGGAGCUUGGGCAUCGUUAAUUGGUUUUAAUUCUCCGUUAUAUGCUACAACUGAACUUCCAAGCGAAUGGAACACAUGGAAUGUUGAUUGGGCUGCGAAACACUGGAACGAGAAGGGAAUGCCAAAAGAGAAAAUCAUUAUUGGUAUGCCAACAUAUGGAAGAGGUUGGACAUUGAAAAAUGUUAGUGAUGCUGUUCCUGGAGCAAGUGGAACUCCAGCAAAAAUCACUCAAUUUGUUCAAGAGGCUGGUGUUGGAGCAUACUAUGAGUUUUGUGAAAUGUUGGCAUCUGGAGGAAAACGUUAUUGGGAUCUUCAAUCACAGGUUCCAUAUCUUGUCCAAGGUGAUCAAUGGUGGUCGUAUGAUGAUGCUGAAUCAUUUGCAAACAAAAUGGCUUGGAUCAAGAGAGAACAAUUUGGUGGAGCGUUUGUUUGGACAUUAGAUUUUGAUGAUUUCAACGGUAAAUGCUCAAAUGGAAAUGGUCAAAUCUAUCCAUUGAUUGGAGUGAUUGCAAAAGAACUUGGUGGAAUCACAAUUGGAUCAGGGACAACUUCUACAUCAACAACAACAACAACUCAAAGACCAUCUACAACUGCAGCACCUGCAACGACCACCCAAUCAACAACGUCGACAACUAAAGUUUCUAGCACUAGCACAGUUGCAACCACAACCACCACAGCUGCAAGUUCAAAUCUCUGCACUGGAAAAUCUAAUGGACAAUAUGCUGCAGUUAACAACUGCAAUAACUUCAUUCUCUGUUUGGAUGGUACAAGCUAUUCUCUUGCAUGUCCCCCUGGUCUUCAAUUUUCUUCAAGUUUGCGAUAUUGUACAACAGCUGCAAAAUCUGGGUGUACCACAACUACAACAACCACAACAACAACCACAACAACACAAGCAACAACAACAUCUACACAAGGUUCGAGUAAGUUGAACGUUUUCUUCUGUGUUUUCAGCCACAUUCAAAAAUCUGUUUCCAGCCACAUUCAAAUGCACAAAAGAUGGAUUCUUUGGAGUUGUUGGAGAUUGCAAUAAAUUUGUGCGAUGUGUCAAUGGCAUCUCAUACAAUUUCGAAUGUCCAAACGGACUCAGUUUCCACGCUGACAGUCAAAUGUGCGAUCGUCCAGACGCCACAAAAUGUGCCAAAUAA